CUUCAUGACGUUCUGGCCAGGGCAAAGUACCAUUGUCCAAGGAUGUCGACGGCGCAGAGCAAACACCCUGGUAAUGGAGUAGCUAGUAUUAUAUUCGUUUGUUUCGAGGCAAUUUCGUGUUCGCCUUCGAGUCCAGACAGGCAGAAGUGUGCACAACGGCGCCAACGGCAGUUUGGUUGUCCAGGACCCCCAAUCUGACUACAAAUAUCCCAUAUCUCAGCGGAAUCUCGAUUUUGCACUGCCUUUCAUUCACGAGAGCCUCUGCUGGUCGCUAGUUCCUCACCAGCUGUUUACUGAACCCGUACCGCCGCUAUGCAGUUCUUCCUGUGGUCGUUGCUUGCCACCGUUUGUUUGGGCAUACCUAUCACUGACCCGGAGCAACAGCCCAUCAAGGCUUUCGAUCGCCAUAGUCCGUACACACGAAAACACAGGGACCCGUACGACCACAAGGUCGACUCGUAUGGAAAUGACUGGCAGCCACUUCCCUGGAGGAAUGGCGAUGGUGCUACAAUGAUGGGUCCUCGAAACAGGGACCGCGAGAGGCAGAACCCAGACAUGAUUCGCCCUCCUAGCACGGAUCACGGUAGCAUGCCCAAUAUGCGCUGGAGCUUUGCUGACUCGCACAUGAGAAUUGAGGAAGGAGGCUGGACUCGACAGACCACCGUCCGAGAAUUGGGGCUCAGCAAGGAGAUCGCCGGCGUCAACAUGCGGCUUGACUAUGGGGUAAUCCGAGAACUGCAUUGGCACAAGGAGGCCGAAUGGGCAUACGUGCUCGAAGGGAAUGUGCGGGUUACUGCUUUGGACACCGAGGGCGGCAGCUUCAUCGAUGAUCUGCAAAAAGGUGACCUGUGGUACUUCCCGUCAGGGCAUCCACAUUCUCUGCAGGGUCUGAGUCCCAAUGGCACCGAAUUCCUGCUCGUUUUCGACGACGGAAACUUCAAUGAAGAAUCAACCUUCCUUCUGACAGACUGGCUGGCCCAUACACCAAAGGCUGUCCUAGGGGAGAACUUCCGGCUUGCGCCCGAGGUGUUCAAGACGAUACCAAAGUCUGACAAGUACAUCUUCCAGGGGUCGCUGCCUGGAUCGAUUGACGAGGAGAAGCCCGAUGGCCGCAAUGUCAAGAAGUCCAAGCUCCAGUUUACCCACAAGAUGUUAGACCAGGAACCGGUUAAUACCACGGGCGGCCAGGUCCGCAUUACCGACUCGACCAACUUUCCAAUCUCAAAGACCAUUGCCGCUGCUCAUCUCGACAUUCAACCCGGCGCAAUGCGCGAGAUGCAUUGGCACCCAAAUUCUGAUGAAUGGUCGUUCUUCAUCAAAGGCCGCGCUCGAGUGACGGUCUUUGGUGCCGAAGGCACGGCCAGAACCUUCGACUUCAUGGCGGGAGAUGUUGGCGUGAUCCCACGGAAUAUGGGACACUUCAUUGAAAAUCUCAGUGACGAAGAACCCGUGGAAGUGCUCGAGAUCUUCCGCGCCGACAAGUUCCAAGACUUCUCCCUCUUCCAGUGGCUGGGCGAGACACCUAAGAAGAUGGUUGCGGACCAUCUAUUCGCCAAUGAUGAGGAAGGAGCAAAGAAGUUCUUGAAAGAGAUCCAUGAUGCCGAUUAUGAUCCCAUCAGGGCAAAGGAACCAUGAGCGAUGGCGUGACGGUUUUGGAUGUGACUGAAAUGGGUGUAUGAUAUGCUUAACAACAGAAAUUGCUGCUAAUAGGAAAUCGUAUUUCACUGGACCGAUCAACCGUGCCUGAUGGUCGGAAGGCAGAGGGCACUGGUGUACCAGGCUUUCAGACUCCUUUCGUGUCUGGCUGAUAGGAGACGUAGAUUCUCCCUUCGUAUGGCCUCAGAACCUGCGAUUCUGUUGCUGGCUCUGGAUAGCUUCCGGCCAGAAACUGCAUUCUCGUUAUGGCUGACAAUGUCACCAGUUCCUCUGACAAAGGAACAUAUGCAGUGGUGAAAUUGAGGAUCACGAGAGCCCUUUGUUGCUCGUCCGUACUGAUCUUGAGAUAGCUGAAAAUCUUCUCAUGCUUUCCAUCAACAAUCUUGAAUGCACCAUGUAUGAACACACUGGCGUGCUGCUUUCGCAACUGCAACAUCUGCUUGUAAAACGUCAAGACACUCGAAG